GCUACACGCGCGGUGUCCGUUUACGUAUGUUUCUCAGUCCUUCACCGUCCGUUGUUCCAAAACCAUUUUCUAUGUAAAUUUUUCCCAUGCAUAUUUACCAACCAUGGCGGCGGAGCAUGAUAAUUCAAAGAUCAUUAUGCAGGCACUACAUUCUACACAAAAAUUAAGAGAAAGUGUAAACAAGACUUUCACUAGCUUAACAGACGGCGUGAAGUCUACGAACGAUGCAGACCAAGCGAUGGAUGUGAAGAAUUUUGUAACUCAACUGCAGAUUAAUUUAUGUAUUGUUAAUGAUAACUUCAGUGAAUUGGAAAAACUUAGCAAUAAUAUCAGUAAAUUCAACCAAGGCAGCAGCAUAGGGUUGACGGGCUUACUGAGUUUGGAUCCAGUGUUGGACAAGACACCAUUGUAUCAGCAAAUAUUACAAUCCUACAAAUGGUCUUACAAGUUGAAGGAGCAUUGUGGCCACGCUUCAUCACUCAUGUCUCAAUACACAAUGAAAAGAUCCUCAGGUAUUACUGUAAAAAAGCGCAAGAUGCAGCCAAGCCCUCUGGCCAUCAGUCCACAGGUGAUUGAACAGAUGAUAUCCACUUUAAAUAGACAGUUUAUGGACAUAAUGGUCAUCAACAAAGUUCCUAACACACGAAAUGUGUAUCAGGUUACUCUUGGAAGAACAUUUCAUGCUAUUGUAGGAUUGAGGCGAAUUUUGAUUGAGCGAGUUGUUAUUCGUGGACAACAUGAAAACAUUAGCAUGGAUGAUAGAAUGGUUGAUAUGUGGGCCCCAUCAAAAUACAAAGUAUUUCAAAAGAUAACAGAUCAUGCCACGUCUGCUAUGCUACAUUACCACUUGCCACUUAGAGCAGAUAUAUGCUUCCGCUCAUUCAUGACUUGGCUACGCAGUUAUCAGAAGUUAUUUUCAACACCUUGUCGACAUUGUGGGCAGUUCCUGAUGGACAAUCUUCCUCCAACAUGGCAUGAUUUUAGAACAUUAAUCCCGUACCAUGAAUGCUGUAGGCAAUAGCAUGCUGUCAUCCAUCAAUAAAUGCUCCACUCAAGGAAGCCAAUGCUUUGUUACUGACACACCAAAUACCUUAUGUAUUCAAACAAGCUAUUGUAGUACUUGAUAAACCAACUAAAAUGUUGUCAAUAGAAUAACAUCCCUAAUUGUGUCACCAUGGCAAAGUUUCUCAGAAAGUUACAUACCCUUUUUUGUUUCUGAAAUGCACUCACUUGAUGCAUCCCAACAUAUGCAGAAAGUAUCUUUUCUGUGCAAAUUUGGACACAAUUGGUCAUCAAAGUAGUUGCAAAUAAUAAUGAAAGAAAAAACACCCUUGUUGCACAAAUUUGUGUACAUAGUUUACCUAAAUAUUGGGCAGGGGUAUGUCAACUCGCUCAAACCAAUCGCAACUGUUCGCGCAAACGUUCUUUGGAACGACUGGUGUGCAUUAAGCGAUGUCAAUAUGACGGCGCCCAGAAAUGAAGAUGGCGCGCACCAUACAAAGUUUUUUAGGCUUUGUUUUUGCUGCAAUAGUCCUCUUUUUGACAUC